AUGUCGACGAAGGAUUCGGACAGCGCUGGACAUAACGAGAAGGACGUCGCACUCAUCGAGCAGCGGUCCCCCGCAGUAUCACUCCAAAAUCAAGAACAAGAUGGUCGGCUUCUGGACCCCAGCAUACGACCCUCAGCUGAGCGCAAGCUCGUGCGGAUCUUGGACUCGAGACUGCUGCCUACGAUCAUUGUCAUCUUCAUCAUGAAUUAUAUCGACGACCUUGGCGUACAGCGUGUGGCUGUGACCGCGGCGAGGUUGCAAGGCAUGACGCAAGAUUUACACCUCUCAGAUCUACAAUACAACACGGUCAUUGCUAUUCUAUACGCAUCAUACGUCCCGGCACAGAUUCCAUCCAACAUGAUUUUGAACCGCAUUUCUAGACCAUCAUACUAUAUCCCUCUUUGCGUCGUUCUGUGGGGCGUUACCAGUGCCUGCACUGGGUUAACACAAAAUUACGCAGGAAUUUUGGUGUGCCGUGUCUUCAUUGGUCUUCCGGAGGCGGCAUUCUACCCUGGCGCAAUAUAUCUCCUAUCGCGAUGGUACACUCGGAAGGAGCUCGCGUUUCGCGGCGCCAUUAUCUAUGGCGGUCUAUUGAUAUCUAACGCGUUCGGUAGUUUGAUCGCUGCAGGAAUCCUCUCAGGGAUGCAGGACAAGCGUGGCAUUGCGGCUUGGAGAUGGCUAUUCUACAUUGAGGGAUGCGUCACAAUCUGCAUCGGGUUCAUCGCAGCCUUCUUGCUCCCAGACUAUCCACAUAAUACUCGGUGGCUAUCCGCAGAACAACGCAGAUUAGCUCAAGUGCGUCUUGCGGAGGACGCCGGAGAGGCUGAUGAGGAUGGCAGUCAUGAAUCAGCAUUGGUGGGCUUGAAGAUGGCCAUCAAGGACCCUAAGGUUCCCAUCAUGGCUGUUAUGUGCUGUUCGCAGCUGCUUGGUCUGGGAUUCAUUAACUUCUUCCCGACGAUUGCUGGUACCAUGGGCUACUCAACGACGAUCACUCUUCUGCUCUGUGUCCCUCCAUGGAUAUUUGCUACGAUUGCGUGUGUUGCGAACGCGUGGAACGCAGAUCGGACCGGCGAACGCUUCUUCCACCAGUGUUGGCCUUGGUGGGGUGUUAUUGUCGGGUACAUCAUCGGUGUCUCUACUAUGUCCAUCGGUGGCCGAUACGUGGCGAUGUUCCUCAUGGCUUCUGGCUAUGCAGGUUUCGCGCUAACGUGUGUUUGGGUCGCUAAUGCGGUACCACGACCUCCCGCCAAACGGUCUGCUGCUAUUGGCAUAGUCAACGGCUUUGGAAACAUUGGUAACCUCAUUGCUUCUUACACAUGGCAAACGCAAUGGAGUCCGGAUUACCAUCCCUCGAUGUACAUUGGGAUUGCUGCACUAGCGUUUGCAACGUUCCUUGCAUUUGUGGUUCGUUGCAUGCUCGUGCACCAGAACAAGUUGCUUGACCGUAAAGAGCUCGAAAUCCUCAAAGGAGACGCGAGAGAACGUAUAGAGGAGGCCGCACGGCUGGAAGGGUUGACCUUCGAAGAGGCCCUCGAGCGAAAGAAGGGCUUCAGAUACCUAUAUUAA